GAUUUCAAUGGAUAUUUGUUUUGCAAGAAAUAAUACUAAGUUUAAUUGAUUUAUCAUUUUAUUCUUUGAAUAAUCACUUAUUUGUUACGCUUACUUUCAAGAUAUUAAUAUUAUUUUUUAAAUAAAAAAAAUUGGCUCAUUUAUCAGAAUAGUAUUAAAUAAAAAUAGAUAAGUAAAUCAUAAUGCUUAAAUACAUUGACUAAUUAUAGAACUAAUCUUAUUAUUUUAAAUUUCGUGUUAAGAAAUUUAUAAUUAAUUAUGAUAAUAAAUUACAAAGAUAUAAAAAUAUACAAGAUAAAUAAAUAAAUAAACUUAAUGAAUUCGAAAGUGUUUUGCCUGAUACUUGCUUUCGCUCUAAUAAAAAUAGCGUAUACAUACGACUGUAAAGUUUGUACUUUUAGUAUGGAUGGGACUGAUAAUAAUGGUCCUUGUACUCCAUGUGAUGAAGGGACAUGCACUCCAUUUGCAGGAACUAAAGGUAACGAUUAAUCAGCUUGUAUUUCAAGAAAAUGUUAAGGGGGUAAAGUUAGCAGGUAUGGCUAUGAUUUGGAUGGAAAAGGGGAAGGAUGUUACAAUUGCUUCGAGGGUUUUUAUACUUUAGACGGUAUAUCUUGUGAUCUAAUCCCUUGUGGCUAUGGCUUUUAUGGUGAAUUAGGCUUUUAAAAUAAAUAUAGUGAUACCAAAUAUCCUUAAUGUAAAAAGUGUCCAGAUGGCUUUUCCACCUAAAAAGAAAUUACAAAAGGACUUGAUGAUUCUGUUUGUAAUGUAAAGGUAAAAUUAUGCCCUGCAGGUAAAUGGAGUUGGACAGGUUAUGAUCGUGAUGAAAAUGGCACUGGAUGUUUAGAUUGUUUGGAGGGUACUUACUCUGAAGAAGGUUCAACUUCUUGCAAUCUAUGGUCCUGCGGUAAGGGUUAUUAUAGCGCAACAGGAUAUUAUGAUUCAAACUAAAAAAACAAUUGCUAAAAAUGCCCAACAAAUAAAUCUACCUUAGAAACAAAUACAAAAGGAAAUGAUGAUUCAGCUUGUGAUUUACAAUUAAGACCAUGUCCUGAGGGUAAAUGGAGUGAAACAGGAUAUGAUCUUGAUGGAAAUGGCUUAGGAUGUUAAGAUUGUUGGGAAGGUACUUACUCUGAAGAAGGUUCAACUUCUUGCGAUCUAAAGCCCUGUGGUUAUGGUUUUUAUAGCGCAACAGGAUAUUAUGAUUAAAGAAAAGAAUUUAAUUGCUAACAAUGCCCAACAGGGAAAUCUACAUUAAAAUAAAAUACAAAAGGAAAUGAGGAUUUAGUUUGUGACUUGUAAUUGAAUUUGUGUCCUAAAGGUAAAUGGAGUAAAACAGGUUAUGAUUCUAAUGGAAGAGGAGAAGGAUGCAAUACUUGUGAGAUCGGUACAUACUCUUUAGAAGGCUCUAAAACUUGUAAUUUAAGACCUUGUGGUUAAGGUUUUUAUAGCAAAACAGGCUAUUACGAUGCUGAUACAGAAGAUAAAUGUCAGGCUUGUCCAGAAAAUACUUCUACAGAUGGAAUUUAAACCUAAAGUUUAGAUAAAUCAGUUUGUAAAUCAUUUGAGAUUAAUCCUACUGAAGUUGGUGCUACUACUAAUAACGCUACAAACUCUAUUAUCAUUAAAAUGACUCUAAGUUUUAUUUUGCUUGUUGCUCUUUUCUGAAGGUGA